AUGAAGACAUUAAAGAGUACAAUUUCAAACAUUUCUCAAAAUUAUAGAGCCUCCUGUAAAUCAGAAUAAUCAAUAACUCCAUUAAGAGUACCUUUCAAGUAGUUAAUUUAUCUUCAUUUUAGUGGGGGAUCUUAAUAAAAUUGUUUAUCGAAAAAAUCGCACACAAGCAACAAUAAUAUCUUAGAAUUUGUAUUAAUAGAGUAUAAACAGCUUUGUGCUUGGGUAAUUAGAGAAAUAAAUUUGAAAAUAGAUCAUAAUUAGAUGAUCAGCAACAUAAAUAAAUAAUUGUUUUAAUUCGAAAGGUUUUUAGCAAAAAAUUUGGAUGGUUAUGGUUAAGAAAUUUAAGCUUUAAAAUUGGUUCAUCAAGAGCAUUAAGUUGCUAUAUAAAAAUUAAGUUCUACGAAUUAAGAUUUGAAAAAGAAGCUGAAAUAAAUCUCAAAUAAUAUUAAUGAAGACUUUUCAACUAAUACUCCUUUGUAGAAAAGACACAAUUAUUCAAUUGAAUUGAUAACGAAAUAACCAUUAAGAAAUAUUAGUUAUUCUUUACAAGAACCAAAUUGUGAUAAGGAGAAUAGAGAAAUAUUUCCAAAAAAGAAGUCUCUGAAACCUAAGUUUAAAAUUUGA